UUAGUCGACUUUUAAAGUCGGUGAAUGGCAAUGGUGUCAUGAAUGUGAUCGGAAUCGUACUUAACAUUUUAAAUAUUUUAUAUUGUUUUUAUUAAAUAAGGUAUCAUGAAUAAGAAAGUGUUUUAUUCGUCGAAAUACUUAGGUGUCCAAUAAAUUCAAAGUGAAGCGUUAAGUAUUAUACACGUGCCCUAAUUGUAAAGUCAAAAGUAGUUUGUAAUUCGCGAAAGUCUAUAUUUUGCAUUAAUAUUCUAAUGGCAAGAGAUGCGUGCUACAGGCAGAUUAUUUUUGGUUUUCGUGCUUGUAUUGUUUUGCGUCAUUUGCCAUGGUAAUGAGCUUGUUAGCGAACAUUCGUUGGAGUUGACCCAGUCCUUGAACUUGGCCCGCCAAGAACUCAUACAGGAGUCUUGCAACCGCUUAAACUUACGAUGGACCUUAGAUGAGUUGACGGAGACGCAGCUUCAACAUAUUUUAGUCGACGAUGAUCACAAACUUCUGUACUGCUACGUGCCAAAGGUGGCGUGUACGAAUUGGAAGAGAAUUUUCAUGAUACUGACCGGAAAAUGGAGCAACAUGGAUGCUCUAUCAAUACCAGCCGACCUCGCGCAUUCGCCGGGCAUGUUCAAGACACUGGCCAUGGUGCCGACGGAACAGAGAGACAUAAUAUUGGACAAUUACCACAAGAUGAUAAUUGUCAGAAAUCCAUUCGAAAGACUGCUAUCAGCAUAUAGAAAUAAACUGGAAGGAACGUAUCAAAGCGCUAAGUAUUUUCAGGAUAGAAUCGGUAAACGGAUUAUCAAAGCUUUCCGGAGUAAUCCAUCAAACGAGUCCCUGGAGUACGGAAACGACGUCACGUUUAAGGAGUUCGUCCUAUUCCUCACGAGCAAAUCCAAGGAGCUGGAAGACAUCGUCAACAACGAGCACUGGCAGCCCAUGACCAGUCUGUGUCACCCCUGCCUUAUAAAAUAUACACUUGUGGGUAAAUACGAGACAUUGGUGGACGACUCGCUGCUAGCUCUUCAUACAAUCAAUGCCUCCCACAUACAGUUCCCUCACGUGAGCCACACAUCGGAGACGGCUAACAAGCUGCACAACUACUUCUCACAGCUGGAUCUGCCGCUCAUCAGGAAGCUGUACAAGCUUUACAAGUACGAUUUCAGCAUAUUCAACUAUAAUCUAGAUGAGGUCGUGGGGUUCGACCUCGGCUGAUACAUUUAUACCGAACAAAAUAGGGCACUUGCGAUACGAUUAACGAAGUGUCUUUCUGUUAGCUGUUAAUAUAAGUUGUACGUGUACGUAAGGAAUCUAUAUCAGAGAUACGAUUUGAUCGUCUUUGUUACGUUCGAUAAGAUUUUUUUAUUCGUGUUCAGAAAAAAGUACACACAUUUCGAAAUCAUAUUUAAAUUAAUCCUUAAUUAUUUUCGUAUGUACACAUAAAAAAAAUAUUUUUAAUAUACAUAUUCUUUUGGUAUUAAUUUUAAAAAUAGUUUUAUGUCACAUUAAUGUUAAUGAACACAAACAUAUUUUAUUUAUAUUAUACAAAUAAAAUACGAUUAUAUGAAUAGUAUUGAUAGGUACCAAAUAUAAACGGACAUUGUAUUAUACAAGCCGACUAUACAUAUCUGUAUAUAGAUUGUAUAAUACUUAAUAUAUAUAUAUAUAUAUAUAUAUAUAUAUAUAUACAUAAUUACAUAAAAUAUUCUAUAACAAUUCUUAGUCAUCAAAACGCCAAGCCGUUUUAAUGUCAGCGACUUGUUGCGUAAGUUAUUUAAUUGAUGCUGUAUUGUAAAAAUACUUCGACUUAUCAAUGGCCUGUAUUUUUUAAGUACGUUAAAUAUUCAUAUAUUUUUAUAAUUCGAUUAAAUAAAUAAUUUUUUGACGCCGGCAUCAAUUCUGUUAUGUUUGCUGAUUUCGUUAUUGAUUUCUGUCAAUUAUAAAAAUGAUAAGAAUUUGCUCUUCGUAAGACAAAGGUUAUCUAUCGGUCAGCAAAAAUAUUGAUUAACCGCUGUUGCCUUUUUAGUGGUAAUGCGUUUUGUCAAAUAUAAUUGAUGAAAUGUUUGAUUUAUUUAUUUAUGUAUGUUUUAAUAAGCGAACGAAGUCAGGUGAGAAAUUAUGUUUUGAGAAUAUUUUACAUAAAUCCACAGCUACAUAUAGAAUUAUAUAAAUAUUGUAGAUACUUAACUUGAGGUAACAGAUACUUGUUUUUUUAUCUGUUUUUAGAACUAAAUCUUUAGUAUUCGCCUUCACGAAACGAGUACAUACACACGAAACACCACUUAACAUAUAAUAUUACGAAAUUUUUUACUUAUACUUAUGAUGAUACCGAAAACUGGAAAGCUUUUCGUUAACAAUCACACUCGUACUUAGGAACAUCGCAAGCUUUGAAAGCUUUCUGCGUUAUUAUGCUAUAAGUAUAACUACCGCAAAAUACAAUACAUUCCACGAUAGUAUACUUAGUCCAAGUUGGCAUCGUCACUACAUACGCAGCGUUAACGGUUAUUUAUUCACAUAUCUUCUUACAGUAUUAACGUAGGUUAUCGAAUGAGACACGAGAAACUAUUCGUUUGUAGUGCAACGAUGCAAACUUGGACUAAGCAUAUAUAAUGAGAAAUAUAAUUACGUAAUAUUUGCAUUCAUCAAAUAACCUAUAAUUUUUCAUCUAGACUUCAGCUAAUUGGGUUUUGUAAGGAUUUAAUUCGUUUCCAAAAGAUAAAUUUCAUCUGUUCAAUAAACAGUGCACACAAAGCACAGAGUAAAUUUAUUUAUUCAUAGUUAUACAUUAAUUUCCCUACUAUAAUUCCUUAGACUCAUACUGAACGUAUACUUAGGUGUUUAUAGAAUUUACGACCAAUACCUCACUUAUGGAAUGUUAUAUAAAGUGAAUUGUUAAUACAUAUAAGAGCUGGAUAUUAGUUUAAAAUAUAUUCCAAAGCUCUCUGUGAUAUAUAAUACCUAUAUGUAUGUACGCUCCAAAACCACAUAAAAAUACUAAAAUAGAAAAACGGAAAUAAUGUGUUGCAUUUUGUAUUAAAUAUUUUGUUAAACUCCAGUGAAUUUCGGCAAAGAUCUAUUAGAUACUACCGGGCUGUAAAUGUAUUUUUUAAGAUUGUUUUUUUUUUUCGUAUAAAAUAAUGUUAUAAGUGCGAUUUAGGUCUGUUUUUUUUUUUUUUGGUUAGUACCCAAUAAAUAUAGUUGGAACAUAA